AUGGCUGGAGGAGCUCCCAUUGUUGGCGUCUCUGGCUCCGAACUUGGAAGACGGCAGUGGGCUAUUGCCUUUUCCUUGGUGUCUACACUUUUCUUUACCUGGGGAUUUGCGUAUGGCCUCCUUGAUGUCUUGAACAAGCAUUUCCAGGUCAUAUUUGGGAUUACCAAGACUCAAAGUACCUUGCUCCAGCUCGCGUACUUUGGCGCGUACCUCGUCUUUUCACCUUUCGCCGGGCUUUUCAUGAGGCGCUACGGUUACAAGAAAGGAAUCCAUUUAGGUCUUUCACUCUACACGAUUGGUGCCGCAUUUUAUUGGCCUUGUGCCAAGUAUGAGGUCUACGGAGGUUUCGUUGCAUGUACAUUUGUGAUUGGAUGUGGCUUGAGUGCGCUUGAAGUUGCUGCAAAUUCGUACAUAACAGUUCUAGGAUCCCCAAAAUAUGCGGCCGCGCGCCUUAAUUUUUCACAAGGUUGGCAAGGGGUCGCUUCAUUCUCUGGUCCUCUCAUCGCUUCCCGGUGGUUUUUUACUGGGAAGAAUGCCACCUCACUCGAUACAGUUCAAUACGUCUACCUUGCGGUGGCGUGUCUCGGCAUUACCUUGAAUGUCCUUUUCUACUUCACGUAUCUUCCCGAGAUCACCGAAGAGAAGUUGGCUGAAGAGAUGCGAGGUGUUGGCAUUAUGAGUGAUGCUGAGCCUUUCCACAAGCAAUAUCGCACCAUCUUCGGCUUUAUCGCCCAAUUCUGCUAUGUAGGUGCUCAGGUUGCGGUUGCAUCCUUUGUCGUCAACUACCUCACUGAGGGUGAAUUCGGCUUGAACAAGACGGACUCACAAGCAUCGAACAUGUUCUCAUACUGUCAAAUCACAUUCACCGUCGGUCGCUUUGUCGGUGUCGUACUCCUCAACUUCAUCGAUCCAGCCGCCCUUCUCACAUUCUAUGCCAUUUGCUGCACCGUAUUCUGCAUCGGGACCGCUACCGCAACUGGCGUGGCCGGCAUCGCAUGCCUCUACUGUCUGUUCUUCUUCGAGUCUAUCUGUUAUCCCGUUAUUUUCACUCUCGGUACGAAGAACCUUGGCGUUCACACCAAAAAAGGAUCCGCACUUAUCGUAAUGGGUGUCGCCGGAGGGGCCUGGUACCCUUCCGCACAGGGCGCGCUCGCCGAUCGCACAAGUACACACCAUUCGUAUUUGGUGCCUAUGACCGGGUUCAUUGUUAUGCUUGUGUACGCUGCGGGAAUCGUUAUUACCCAGGGAAACCGGGAUGGGUUCCGUAUUAGUAAUGUUGACGAGAUACAAAAGAAGAGAGCUUCUAUCGUAUCCGCUGGGUCUGGUAAAGGUGAUCUGCCUGGUGCCAAUCUGCCAAGCGCAGUGGAAACAGCCGAGAGGACCAGCAAGGAGAAGGAUUCUGCCAAUCUUCCGAUUGCCGAGCAAUUGGAUUCAAGAAAUAGCUCGACGAGCCUGGGCUGA